AUGUCGGAAGAAAAUAGUAUUCUAAAAGAAACUGACACCAGCAUACCUACAAUGAAUGAAAUAAACAAUAAUGAUAUAUCUGUGCCCAAUGAAGUGAAUAAACCAAAAGAAGAAGAAGAAGAAGAAGAAGAAGAAGAAGAAGAAGAAGAAGAACCAAAGGAGGAUUUGUUUAGUAAAGUUCUAGAGGUUUCAACUACUGGAAAUAAUGCUGAUGAGAAACCUAAAUUACCACAUAUCGCUGACGAUGAUAUUAAUGUUGACGAUAUUAGCGAUAGUGACAGCGACAGUAGUAAUAGUAGUGAUGACAAUGAUGAGGAAGAUGCUGAAGCAGAAGAAGAAGAUGCUGAUGAUGUCGAUGCUGAUGAUGAAGUUGAGGAAGGUGAUGACAAUGAUGCAGGUCCUAUUAGAUCGAAGAAUGAAUUAAUAGAAGAACCCGUAAUUGAAAUCCCAGAAGAUUAUAAAGUUAAACCAAAUGAAAAAAUUCAACCAUUAGGUACAAUUAAAUCAAUUUAUGAAAAUAAUAUUAUCGUAGCAGCUACGAUAUCAGGUGAACAACGUGUUCUAAAGGAUGGUUCGAUCUUUUGUUUAGAGAAUAGGGAAGUCAUUGGAACUUUAAGUGAAGUGUUUGGUCCGUUAUCAAAUCCAUUCUAUAGAAUAUGCUUUAAGAAAGAAAAACAAGAACAGAUUGAAAAGUUAGUAAAGGAAAAUAUGGGUUCCACUGUAUACUAUGUCGUUCCAGAGGCACAUUGGGUAGAUACAUUUGAAUUGAAAAGAAUGAAAGGUACUGAUGCUUCAAAUGGAUUUGAUGAAGAAUUAGCUGAAAGUGAACAAGAAUUUUCAGAUGAUGAAAAGGAAGCUUUAUUUAAAAAGAUGAAGAAAGAUGGUAAAAAUAAAAGCAAGAAUAAAAACAAAAAUAAUUCUGAAGGUUCUAAGAGGAUUAAUAAUACUACUAGUAGUAAUCAUAAUAUUCAAAAACAGAGGAAUAAAGGAAAUCACACUAAUCCAAAGAGUUAUAAUACCAAUAGGAACAACAACAACAACAACAAUAGAUACGGCGAGUACCCCACUAUGAGAUUACCAGCUGGAAUGACAACAACUUCUACUGGUCCUGUAACCCACGGGUAUAUGUCAAGAACAGCUCGUCAAAACACAGGAAGAGAACAAUCACAGAAGCCGCGCCAGGACAGUUCCAUAUAUGAUGAUGAGGAAUAUAGUGCUCCUAAACCAAAAACUAAAGUUCACGAUUUUGCGUUAGGUCAACCAAAACAAUCCUCAUACUCUUCCUCUACCGUACCACCACAAGAAAAUGGAUAUUACAAUUCAAACAACCAACCACAUUCGAAUAUAAAUUAUCAACAGCAAAGCACCAAUAUGAACUAUCAACAACCUAAUAUGAUUAUGAAUUAUCAACAGCCCAUGCCAAACAUGAAUAUGAAUAAUAAUCAAUAUAAUACAUAUGGCAUGCAACAAGUACAACAAAUGCAGCCUCAGAUGACAUCAACAUACAAUAAUCAAUAUUACGGUAAUUUACCAACACAACAACAGCAUCGUCCACAAGUACAUGGUAACAACCAGUAUAUUCCACAACCACCACAACCACCACAACCUCAACAGCCACCACAACAAAAUAUGGAUCAAGUUAUGCAGUUACAUCAACUACUUAUGAAGCAAGCUCAAAAUUCGCAAGGUCAAAAUACACAACAGUUUCCAGCACCACAAGAUCCGAAUUAUAGAGACCAAACACCUUAUUAA